GCUGUUCACCGGAAAAACCGACAACUCAUCCUCAUCCCUGCGUUAAAGCAUACAGUGCAUUGGUCUUAAGAUCGAUUAGGGGCUAUGAAAAGACGGCUUGACUUAGUAGAAACGACGUUCAAGCUUAUGUUAUGGAUUGUAACAUUUGCAAAACAUACAUUUAGUGUUAGGUGUGUGGAGUUAUUACAAUAUUACACAAUUAAAGCGCUCAAAUCCAUAUAUUAUUUGAAAUAAAAAGAAAUGUAGUCAGUGACAUUAAAAUGGCAGUAAGCAAGUAUCGCCUAAAAACACUUAUACUAAUAUGUUAAAUGUUGUAUAGAUUUAUUUACUCUUAUCUUUCCGUGCGUCGUGAACGCGGCACCGCUUCCGACUCCCAUGAUGCAGUUCGGAAACAACCCGGCGGGGACAUUCAAAACCAUGGCAGACGACUCGAAUAUAUUAAAAUCAACAUCAAGCCCACAUGGCUCGCUUGUAGGCAGCUCGAUAACGAGGCGCCUGUCGUUUUCGUCAGAAAAAGAUGCGAUCACGUCAGAGGACCCGAACACGACGUCUGAAAAACAGACGUUACGAAGCGCUGCCGACGCCUCGGAUUCGUGCGCACUGUCCGCGGAAGUCGCCACACAACUCUCCACAGAGGUGGUAAACACACGUUUGAAGGUGGGAAACGCAUCGCAAUUGAAAGAUGUCUCACUGGAACAUCGACUAAAUCCUAAACGGCAAGUUGUGUACAACGCCGAGGACCAGGAAAACGCCGCGUUGCCCUCACCAGCCGCCCCUCCAGGUAACACCCAAGAAGGAGAUGACCCUACUUUUCUUGCAACAAGUUUGCGAGAUUCCAGUGUGACGGCCAGUAAACAACAUUGUAACACAGAAGACAUUGAUUCUGAGCCGAUGAGAAAAGCGCAGGACGAAGGCCGUGUGAACGUGGUUUUCCCUGGCACUGUGACCCAGGACGGCUGCUGCCGCUUUGUCAGCGAGAUCCUCAAGUGCAUUCUCUAUCAGAGACAGCAACUUCCCAUGACUUAUGACCAGCUGGUGUACUCCCAGAAGAAACAGCAAGCCUCAAUGCAGGAUAAAGACAUAAUAAGUCGGAGGCCGGACAUGGACUGGCGCAAGAGUCAACAGACCCUUCAGGAGCUGGAGGAGGUGCUGCAGCAGCUGGAAGUGCUUUUCUCCCUUAGCAGGGUGCCCCGCGUGCUGCUGAUAUUGGGGGGGUCCCUCGUCCUCCCCAAAGAGCUCUAUGAAAUCAACAUGGAGGCUCUGGUAUUGGCUGGUGGAGAUAAAUCUUUACGCGUGUCUUCCUGCUUGAGGCAACUGUUCCACACUCUGUUCGUGGCUGACCUUUUGUCUGACAGCCGACCUAUUCGUUUAAUGCCCACCACAGUCUUGGCGAUGGCUCACAGGGAUUGCGAUGUAGGCUGGUUCCGACCUAAACUACAAUUUAAAAUGCCAACCCGUGUAAAACACCAAAUAAUAGCUCUGUCUACUGCGCCCAGCGACUGUAAGGAACCAAGGGCACAGGGGUCCGACUGGAUGGAUUAUGUGUGGUUUCAGGCGCCCAUGACUAUCAAGGGCUUUGGAAAGUGACUGAACGCUUCUUGGCCCUGUACUACACAUUUACAUAUUCGAAUGGUGGUUAAAGUGAAUUAUAAAAUGAAACUGUCCAUAUUUUAAUGAAUUAUGAGUUACAUUUGUUUCUACUUGAUAUUAAAAGCAUGUCACUUGCUUGCGUCAAUAAUUUGUUUCA